AUGGGAGUUGCGAAAACCAGGUUUUUGGAUGUUUACAACUCUCUGCCGGAGGAAUACCGCUGCCGCUUCGCCAGAUGGGUAGGAGGUUUCGCGGAGGGCGAAAUCGAUAGCCUCGCGCCAACCCAAACUGAAGAAACAUUGAUCCAAAUUGCUGACACGCUUCGUAUGGACAUCGAGCCACCGGGAGGAAAACUACCAAACGAGAUCACCAGAAAACCAGAAAAUGAAGAAGAAGAGGUCGUCGAAGUCGAUGAAUUUUUGUACCCAGAUCAAGUGCUGAAAAUCACGGAUUUCUCGACCUCAGAAUGCGGCGACUGCAAGAGCAAGAAUAUCAACGAUUUGGAAAUGGUCUCGCACUCGAUGUCGCAGGAUGAAUUAACGGUUCUUUUCGAUGAGAUAAAUGACUUCGAAGUCAUGGUGGAUAUCGGCUCUCGUACUGGAUGCAUUUUGUACGCAGCUCAUUUGAUGACAAAGGCAAAAGAGAUCGUUGGAAUUGAGAUUGACGAAGAAUGGUGCAAGAUUCAAAAUAGAGUCGUUGAAAAGUUUCAAAUGGAAGAUCGAAUAAAAAUAGUCAACGAAGAUGCAAAAAGCGAAAAAUCAAAAGAAAUUCUUCGAAAAGCAGACUUGACGAUAAUGAACAAUCCUUUUCAAUGGUUCUCAAAAGACAACGGAAAAAAAGACUUUGAGUGCAUCCUUCAAAGCUUGAAGCCUGGAUCGAGAGUUUUGCUCUGCCACAUAGAAGAGAUCCCGAUUUUGCUGGACAGAUAUCUUGAAGAGAUGACUCCGGAAAGUCCUCCUCUGAACGGGCCGGACCAUGCAUGGGCAGAUGAACUGAAAGCCUUUCGAAUAAUGGAGGCCACAGAAGAAAUGAUCCGACGAUCUGAAGAAGCCGCAAAAAUCGAAGAAAUCACUGAACAGACUUGGAGAGAAACGGCGCAGGUCCAAAUUGAAGAGUUCAACGCCUCGCGAAAGAAGCAACUCGAGAAUCUUUCCGACCUGAUCUCCGAAAACGCGGAAAAAGCUCCGGCGCCAAUUACCAAGGAGGAUCAAUUUUCGAAUAUAAUCGAGCUAAUUGACCUCCAACGAGACUCCAACGACGGCGUAGACCGCUCUCGCAUGCGCCAGGUCUUGCUCCAAAUGAAGCACUAG